AGCUUUAGCGGGAGCACCAGGUCAGAGCAGCCGCAGUCCAACAGAGAAGCGCUCCUCACAUCUCGCGCAGCUUGUCAAGAUAAAUCGUGUUUGUUCAGCAUGUGAAUCCGGACGUGUCCCUCUGUGUAGAUGUCUUUAGCAGAACUACUUCGUGUGGUUUACAAGCGGGGACUAGCUUCCGGUCACGUUCGUAGCUCGUGUCAAUUGUGCCCCUUUCCCCACUGCUGUUACUGACGUGUAUAUACAGCAUGUUGUGAUACAUCAGCUGAUUUAAUAUGUCGGUAUAUAGCAUCUAUGUCUAGUCGGAGCUCUCUGUCUGUGAGUAGUUUGCAUGCAGUCCGAGUGAUUACAAAUUAAUAAAUAAAAUAAAAACAGCAGGAAAGGUGACUCAUUCUACCUUUCGCACAAGUCAUGACGUUUUUUUUGAGGAAGUUGCACAGCAUCUUUCUGAAGAUCGUCCUGUUUCCGAGCACACUGGGCAGGACAGGCCCGCGGGCCGCCGCCUCAGAGGUGUUGACCUGCCACCUGCUGCAGCGGGAGCUCCCGCCGUGGACUUCCUACUGUGUCCGCUACAGCUCUGUUCACAAUGACCAGUUCGGACUGUCCAACUUUAAUUGGAGAGUCCAGGGAUCCAACUACCAAAUACUGAGAACAGGCUGCUUCCCCUUUAUAAAAUACCACUGUACCAAAGCCCCUCCACAGAACCUGGACUUUGAGGACAGAUUUUUCGCCAUGUUGAAAGUUCUCAAUCUGGGCAUCCCUUGUUUGGCCUAUGGCAUUGGUUGCUGGAUGGUGGUUGGGGCUGCAGAAACAGUGCAGACAAGUGUUGGACCUGUCACGGUCUAUUUUGCCUACAAAGAAGAAGAAGGUGCACAGUACUAAAACAUGAAUACAAGUAUUUUGAGUGUAUUUUCAAGAGACUCCUGUCUGCCAAGCUGCUGUUCUGGUGGACACAUUGACUGAAUGACCAUCUUGUGUCACUGGUGCUCUUAUUGUGUGACUGCACUGUUUUAUUUGUGUUUCAUUAUUUAAGAUUGAAGAGUAGCAGUGGAGGAGUCAGUAAUGCAUGCUAUUAUUGCACUGACACACAAUGCUUGCAGUGUUUGUUCGGAAAGCUGACUUCCCAUUAACAUUUAAUGGGGGAAAGUUUAGGAUUGAGUGUUUGACGCUACCCUUUUUCCUGGAUGUUUGCAAAGCGAUGUUCGGGAACGUUGUAUCAGCCUCCAGUACACAUGUCUUCAGAGUCAAUCAUUGUAAACAUGUGUUUUUGUGCAAAAAAUAUUAAAGGGUGUAAAAUGAUC